AACGGCAAAUGGCAAUGUCAAAACAAGUCUUAAAUGGUUUUAAAACUGGUCUAAAUUCCUUUAAGUUAUUUUAAAAAAUUAGAAAAUGUUGCUUAGGCGAUGUAUAUAUAUUCCGAAUUCAUAUAGACUGCUUAAAAAACUAUCUCUUAAAACAACUCAACAUACUGUCGGUUUAAGGCCACCGACGGUAUGUAAUUGUUUUAGAAACGAACAAUACAGAUUUAUAAAUACAGAUGGUACCAAGAUAUCCGAAAAAGUUACUGACCAGGAUAAUGUAUUACCCGAUAGUAUCUCUCAUUCACCAAAUGAUAAGUCUUUUAAACUAUACAAGUCAUCAAUGGCUUCGGAGGAGCUGUUAGAAAAAUUAGUAGCUGGUUUAUCAAGUGACAUACACCAGAAGAGGAGAGUUUACAAGAAUGAUUUUACAAGAGUGAUAAACAAGGUGAAAGAAUUAAAUUUCUCCACCAAAAAGCAAGGGUUGCUCUUAAUCAGUUGUUGUGCAGAAUUACUACCCGAUGAAAGUCCAUCAUGUAGAAUGGAUUUGCUUGAACAGGUUUGGAUGGCAUUAAAGCCACAUACAGAAUUUGAUGUUGCUCAUUACAAUGAGUUGUUGAAAGUAUACAUAGCCAAUAACAGAACACUUAAUGUUAGCUCAUUUAUACAACAAAUGGGUAAAGUAAAACCUAAUAUUUUGACUUAUGAGUUGAUACUUCGAGCUCUCGGAGAGGUUGGAGAUCUAAACCAAGCAACAGAGGUGAUAGCAAAUAUGAAAUCUUCAGAAAUACCUGCAACAGAAGAGAUUUUUAAUUCUUUGAUUAUAUGUCAAGGAAAAUCAGGUAAUCUAGGCAACAUUAAAGAAGUUCUAACAAUGAUGAAAUCUCUAAAACUCGAACCCUCAGCAGACACAUAUACAGCUACUAUCAGAGCGUACGCAUUUAAUAAGAAGCAAGAUCUUGUUUUAAAUGAAAUGCAGAAAGCCAAACAGCACGGAAUCCAAUUUGGUGAAACUCAUAUUAUGAAAAUUGUAAAAAUGUUGGCUGCAGUUGGCUUGAAUGAUGCUAUACCUAAGGUUCUUAAAUUCCUACCAGAAGAAAUUCUUAAAACACCAUCAAUAACACCCUAUAUGCAGAGUGUUUCAACAUCAUUGGUGUUUCAAAAUCAGCCUAUAGCUGCUUUGGCAAUAUACAAAUGUCUUCCGUUACCAUCAUUUGGCCCCAAAGAUGACCAAGGUUUGCAUGGACGAAGCUUGGUCAGAGAUUGUGUAAAGGCAUCUAUAGGCUCUGGUGUGAUAACUCUUAUAGCUGAGGAACUGAUGUCAUCAGGUAGAAAUCCUAUAGCAUUACAGAAUGCUUCUGAAGCAGCGCUACAGCUGGGCAAAGUGCCCUUAGCUUUGGACUUGUUCACUCGGAUGAAACAAAUGGGCAUGCCAGUUAGACCACAUUAUUUCUGGCCUAUAUUACUUCACAUGUCAAAGACAUAUGGAGAAAAAGGUAUAAUGAACACACUAUCUACUAUGGUAAAAAUGGACGUGAAGCCAGACUAUGAGACAAUCAUGACUUACACUUUACCAUACGUCAGUUUCACGUCUCCGCAGAACUUGAUGAAGAAGUUUCAAGACACCGGCCUGUCUGUCUCCACUGUACUCACUCCGAUGAUGGAAACACUAUUAAAUACAGGACAAGUGAGAGCUGCUAGUGAAAUUUGUGAAUUAUUUGAUGGGAAAGUAGAUGCGGAUGUACUAUUACGAUCUAUAGUAAAAGGUUACCUAAUCAGUUUGGAUGUGAAAUCCACAAUACAUGUUCUAGAAGAUGUCACUGCUAAAGCUCUAGACAAAAAUAAAGACUGGGUGGGAAGGUUUUUGUGUGUUUUUAUGAGGCAUAAGAAAGUAAAAGAGGAUUUAUCAGAUUUUAUGGCUAUUGUACAGGCUUUAAAAGAAACAUCCCUUAAGAUAUCGACAUCCGCGGCGGACUAUUGUAUAUCUAGACUUCCAGAAAUCUACGAUGCAGAUACUACUGAGAAUUUUAGGAACAACCUCAUUGAUAUCACUGAUGAACGACUGAUAGACGAAAGCGAUAUAUUUGUACAGCAAAUGCCACAUCCUAAAAACAUGAAUGAACUAUCUCUAAGGGCACAUCUGAAUGAAUUAGAGGCUAAGGGUAUGAACACACGCGGCGUAUUACGGAAAUUACUGCAACAGUACUGCAGAGAGAACAACUUGCCCGCCGCACUGGAAAUACUUGACAAGUGUAAGAAAGAAGGGGUAUUCUUAUCGGCGGGUAUGAAAGCAGCUAUAUUCGACCUACACGUGAAGUUAGGCGAACUAGAGGCGGCGGAGCUCGAGCUCGUCGAACUAAACAAAUCAUUCCCUAAUUUCACUCUAGAUGAGUUUAAAAUCAUCGAUUUCGCUACUUUAAUGGUGUAUAGGAACAAGAUAAAACCUGCAUUCGAUUUGAUUAUCGAACAAUCAAAAAAUAGACGUGUGAUAGGCGGCAGGAACGUGUCUAUGAACUGCUGGCGGCUGCUGUCGGCCGUGGCUGCCCGCGGCACCGCCGACAGCACGCGUCGCAUGUUCACACUGCUCACUGACCUGCGAUACUGUAAACCCACUAAUACUAUCCUGGGACCACUUGUACGAGUGCAUCUCAAUAAUAACAAUAUAGAAGAGGCUACAAAGGAAUUUGUCUCUUUAGCGAAUAAAUACAACAAGACUCCAUUGAAACACGAAUUGCUGUGUAAAAUAUUAACGUCUAUGGGAGACGGCGGUUCCGAAGACACUUUCAUUAUAAACGAAAAGAGUAACGGCAGUAUGAAUAAAUUGGUCCAGAAAGUAUUAAACAUUGAUAAGAAAGUUCAUGGUCCGGGAGAUGUACAGCUUACUUUAUUGGCGGCGUUAGCAGACGUUGGUUAUAAACGGACCUUACGCAAGUUGCUUUUGGACCCCAAGGUCAAGUUCCAUCCAGACGCCUUAUUGAGGUAUUGCGAAAGAUUUGCUGAUGAGAAGAAAAUGUCUGCCUUGGAAACUGUAGCAGAAUGCGUCAAGGAUCUACGAUACUUCAAUGUUCAAGAUUUAUAUAAUUUGAUGCUAGAAGUAUAUCAACGUGAUAAUAAUUACAAUGACGGACUCGCACUUUGGAAUAAAAUGCAAGAAGCCGAUGUCACUCCCUCUCAGAAGUUUGUACGUAACUUGUGUUCUCUGUGCACGGCCAAUAACAAAGAAAUACCAUCAGACCUCGCUAUGCUACUUGGUAAGGAGACCAGACAAGCCACUUUGUAAAUUAUUUGUUUUUUUUUUUAACUUUAUGACGUCAAUUUUAAUAUUUAUAUGUUGACUUGUGAAUGUAGAAUCUGUGAUAUUAAAUUAUUGUGUUGUAAUUUAAUAAAACGUUUUUGAAAAUG